AUGGCUGAAAAAGACCUCGGAAAGGCCGAGGAGGCCAUUGCCGCCAACCACCACACUGAUCAGGCCGAUCCCGCCUACCGCAACUCCAUCGAGACCGACUCUACCCGUGCUGAAGGCCAACAUGACAAGGCGCAGAACGUCGGUGUCUCUGUUGAGCAGGCGGAAGCUGAGUUUGCAGAGCUCCAGCGUGAGUUCACUGGUGUUUCUCGAGCCAGUCGCAGGAAGAGCAGAGCUAGCAACGCCGAUCCUGAGAAGAAUGCUACUGCUGAUGAGGCUGAGGUUGAGUCCCUCUUUGAUCUAGAGGCGGCUCUUCGUGGCGGUCUCGAUCGUGAGAAGGAGGCAGGAAUCAAGUCAAAGCACAUUGGUGUUUACUGGGAUGAUUUGACCGUCAAGGGUUUCAGCGGCAUGUCAAACUUUGUGCCUACCUUCCCUGAUGCUUUCGUCGGCUUCUUCGAUGUUAUCACGCCCGUCAUCAACAUGCUCGGUCUCGGCCCCAAGCCUCCCCAGGUUGCACUCCUCGACAAGUUCCGAGGUGUGUGCAAGCCCGGCGAGAUGAUCCUCGUUUUGGGCAAGCCUGGUUCCGGAUGUACGACUUUCCUCAAGUCCAUUGCCAAUCAGCGUUAUGGAUACACUGCCGUCGAGGGCGAGGUUCUCUACGGACCUUGGCACAACACCGAUUUCGACCAGUACCGUGGAGAAGCAGUCUACAACGCCGAAGACGACGUCCACCAUCCUACUCUUACAGUUGAGCAGACCCUUGGCUUCGCAAUUGACACAAAAAUGCCCAAGAAACGCCCUGGUAACAUGAGCAAAGACGAGUUUAAGGAGAGCAUCAUCUCCAUGCUUCUCAAGAUGUUCAACAUUGAACACACACGCCACACAAUCGUAGGAGAUCACUUUGUCCGCGGCGUGAGUGGAGGAGAGCGUAAGCGAGUCAGUAUUGCAGAGGGUAUGAUCACCAACGCUGCGGUUCUCUCUUGGGAUAACAGUACCCGUGGUCUUGAUGCCAGUACUGCGUUGGAUUUCGCCAAGUCUCUACGAAUUCAGACCAACCUGUACAAGACAACUACUUUUGUCUCUUUGUAUCAGGCUUCUGAGAACAUUUACGACCUUUUCGACAAGGUCUUGGUCAUCGAUGGUGGAAAGCAGGUCUACUUCGGCCCUGCUUCUACCGCUCGCAGCUACUUUGAAGGUCUCGGCUUUGCUCCUCGACCUCGUCAGACUAGCGCCGAUUACCUCACGGGUUGUACUGAUGAAUGGGAACGAGAAUACGCCCCUGGUCGAUCAGAGGAAAACGCUCCCCACAACCCCGAGACCCUGGCUGAGGCUUUCAGGAAGUCUGAUGCAUUCAAGGCCUUAGACGCUGAAAUGGCCGAGUACAAGGCUUCUCUAACUCAGGAAACUGAUACUCAUAAUGACUUCCAGAUGGCUGUCAAGGAGAGCAAGCGCGGCACCUCCAAGCGCUCUAUCUACCAAGUCGGUUUCCAUCUCCAAGUCUGGGCUCUUAUGAAGCGUCAGUUCACUCUUAAGCUGCAGGACCGUUUCAACCUUUUCUUUGGUUGGUUCCGCAGUAUCGUCAUCGCCAUCGUCCUCGGAACACUCUAUCUCGAUCUCGGAAAAAACUCAGCCAGUGCCUUUUCUAAGGGUGGUCUUCUGUUCAUCGCUCUACUCUUCAACGCCUUCCAAGCCUUUUCUGAACUAGCAGGCACUAUGACAGGACGGGCUAUUGUCAAUAAGCACAAGGCCUAUGCUUUCCAUAGACCCUCUGCGCUUUGGAUCGCGCAGAUCUUUGUCGACCAGGUCUUCGCUGCUAGUCAGAUUCUGCUCUUCUGUAUCAUCGUUUAUUUUAUGACGAAUCUCGUUCGUGACGCUGGCGCAUUCUUUACUUUUUAUCUGAUGAUCCUUUCCGGUAACAUUGGAAUGACUCUUUUCUUCCGUAUCAUCGGUUGUGUUUCGCCCGACUUCGAUUAUGCGAUCAAGUUUGCGGUUAUCGUCAUUACUCUAUUCGUUGUGACGUCAGGAUACAUCAUUCAAUACGCCCAAGAACAAGUCUGGUUGCGAUGGAUCUUCUGGAUCAAUAUCUUGGGUCUCAGCUUCAGUUCCAUGAUGAUGAACGAGUUCCAGAGGAUCGACAUGGAAUGCACAGCCGAUAGCUUGAUCCCUGCCGGGCCCGAGUACACCGACAUCGACUACCAGGUCUGCACUCUCGCUGGAUCCAAGGCCGGAACCACUCUCGUCUCCGGCAGUGACUACGUUGCUCAGGGCUUCUCUUACUACCCCGGCGAUCUUUGGCGAAACUGGGGUAUCGUCCUAGCUCUCAUCAUCUUCUUCCUCUUUCUCAACGUUGCUCUUGGUGAACUCGUCAACUUUGGCAUGGGUGGAAACGCAGCUACCAUCUUCUCCAAGCCUAACAAGGAGCGCAAGGCCCUGAACGAGAAGCUUAUUGCUAAGCGCGAUUCUCGACGCAAGGACAAGUCCAAUGAGGAAGGAUCCGAGAUUUCUAUCAAGUCUGAGAGUGUACUUACUUGGGAGAACCUGAACUACGAUGUCCCUGUCCCAGGUGGUACUCGCCGUCUUCUCAACAAUGUCUUUGGUUAUGUUCGUCCUGGUGAGCUUACUGCUCUUAUGGGUGCCUCAGGUGCUGGAAAGACCACUCUUCUCGACGUCCUUGCUGCCCGUAAGAAUAUUGGCGUGAUUCACGGAGAUAUCUUGGUCGACGCUAUCGCUCCUGGCAAGGAAUUCCAACGUUCAACUUCAUACGCCGAACAGCUUGAUGUCCACGAGCCUACACAGACCGUCCGAGAGGCUUUCCGAUUCUCAGCUGAGCUCCGUCAACCCUACCAUGUACCCAUGGAGGAGCGCUAUGCCUACGUCGAGGAGAUUAUCUCUCUUCUUGAGAUGGAGUCUAUCGCCGAUGCCAUCAUUGGAACCCCUGAAUUCGGUCUUACCGUCGAACAGCGCAAGCGUGUCACCAUUGGUGUCGAACUCGCUGCCAAGCCCGAGCUGAUGCUUUUCCUUGAUGAGCCUACCUCCGGCCUAGACAGUCAGAGCGCGUUCAAUAUCGUCCGUUUCCUCAAGAAACUUGCUGCUUCGGGUCAGGCUAUUCUGUGCACAAUCCACCAGCCCAACGCCGCCCUCUUUGAGAACUUUGACCGUCUUCUUCUCCUCCAACGUGGAGGCCGCACUGUUUACUUCGGAGAUAUUGGAAAAGACGCACAUAUCCUGCGAAGCUACCUCGAGUCUCAUGGUGCCGUUGCCAAGCCUACCGAUAAUAUCGCCGAGUUCAUGCUCGAGGCCAUCGGUGCUGGAAGUGCCCCUCGCGUCGGAAACCGUGACUGGGCUGAUAUUUGGGAGGACAGUUCUGAGCUUGCUCAAGUCAAGGAAACUAUCAUCCGUCUCAAGCGCGAGCGUCAGGAAGCUGUUGGUGGCGCCAAUACUAAGAAUGCUGAGAUGGAGAAGGAAUAUGCCUCACCCUUCACCCACCAGAUGAAGGUAGUCUCUACUCGCAUGUUCCGAUCGUUCUGGAGAAUGCCCAACUACUUGUUCACCCGUAUUUUUGCCCACGUCGCAGUUGCUCUCAUCACCGGUCUGAUGUACCUCAACCUGGACGACUCCCGAGCUUCCCUACAGAACCGUGUUUUCAUCAUCUUCCAGGUCACUGUUCUUCCUGCUUUGAUCAUUACUCAGGUCGAGGUUCUCUUCCACAUCAAGCGAGCUAUGUUCUUCAGGGAGCAGUCCUCCAAGAUGUACUCACCUUUCGUGUUUACCUCCAGCGUUGUCCUGGCUGAGAUGCCCUACUCGAUCAUUUGUGCCGUGGCUUUCUAUUUGCCCUUGUACUUCAUGCCUGGUUUCCAGACUGAUCCUUCCCGCGCUGGUUUCCAGUUCUUGAUGGUACUCAUCACUGAGAUCUUUGCUGUCACUCUAGGACAGGGACUUGCUUCUAUCACACCUUCGCCUUUCAUUUCAAGCCAGUUUGAUCCUCUUAUAAUUAUCGUCUUCGCCUUGUUCUGUGGUGUAACGAUUCCUCCUCCUCAAAUGCCCGGUUUCUGGAGAGCCUGGUUGUACCAGCUUGAUCCUUUCACGAGGUUAAUUUCUGGCAUGGUUACAACCGCUCUACACGGAGUCGAGGUAGUUUGCAAGCAGAGCGAGUUGAACGCCUUCAGUGCUCCUCCCAACAUGACUUGUGGCGAGUACAUGGAGCCCUUCUUCGAGAAUGGGGGGUCCGGCUACCUCGUCAGCAACAGUACUCAAGACUGCGAGUACUGUGCCUACAAGGUUGGAGAUGAGUUCUACAGUACCUUCAACCUCUCUUUCGAUAACCGUUGGAGAGAUUUGGGUAUCUAUGCUUGCUUCAUUGUGAGCAACUUGAUCAUUCUGGUUACGGCGAGUCGAUUCCUCAACUUCAACCGUCGUUAA